CCGUAGUAUGUCAUCAUCUUCCCUGUAGACAUGGCUGCCAUCAGGAGCGGGGUGACUCCGGUCAGCCUAGCAAAAUGUUUCCUGAGACAGACUGGAAAACCGAGCCGAGGCAGCCAUCCGCUUUCAGAGAUUCGGGGCCACCGGUUGCUUCAGAGGUCCCAUCUGCACACAGUGUUUGAGUGUCGCAGUCCUGCCACCAGGACUCUGCUGGGCCGCAAACAGCAUGGGAAGUUCCUCUGGGUGAACGCCGUGGCAGUCAGACACAACAGCUCGCAGGUUCCACCUGAGGAUGGAUCAAUGGCAGCUCCAGUGGUGGAGUCCUCUCCUGUCCCUCUGUCCACUGACCACACCCCUAUCUUUGCACAACCAGUCGCUGAACAGAUACCAGUUGAAACCAUUUCUGUGACAGUACCAGUAGCAGACAUCUCCCCUCCUCCUCCAGUCUUGGAUUCCUCCCCUGAGCUUGUGCCCGCUGAUCCCACCACUAUUUUAACACAGCAAGUCAUAGAGCAGGUGGCUGAUGCUGCACCGACGGCAGUGGAGGUCCUGCAAGCUGCAUCCACAGAACCCACUUUAGCCGAGCUGGGAUUGGCCGCUCACACACCUGUGGGACUGAUCCAGAACUUGUUAGAGUUCAUUCACAUCGACCUCGGUUUGCCCUGGUGGGGGGCCAUCGUUGCAGGAACAGUGCUGGCUCGUCUGGCUGUGUUUCCAGUCAUUGUGAAGGGCCAGAGAGAGGCAGCCAAGCUGAACAAUGUGCUUCCUCAGAUAACCAAACUCACCAACAGGAUGACAGAGGCCAAACAGAGUGGAAACAAAUUUGAAUUUGCCAAAGCCUACACUGACCUGAACAUGUUCCAGAAGAAGCAUGAUGUGAAUCCUCUCCGUGGCUUCCUGGUUCCUUUGGUGCAGGCACCAGUCUUCGUCUCUUUCUUCAUCGCACUGAGGAAGAUGGCCUAUCUGCCAGUGCCCAGCAUGCAGACAGGAGGUGCGCUCUGGUUUCUGGACCUGACGGCAGCAGACCCUUUUUAUAUUCUACCAUUAGCCGUCACAGGAACCAUGUUCUUUAUCUUGGAGUUGGGUGCAGAGUCUGGUAUUGAUAACCCCAAUCUGAGGGCUAUGAAGACUGUGUUCAGGAUCAUGCCGUUAAUCAUCCUCCCCCUCACUAUCAACUUCCCCACGGCGGUGUUUACCUAUUGGCUGACCUCUAACUGCUUCUCCCUGGGUCAAGUCGCCCUGCUCAGACACCCUUUGGUCAGAGAGAGGCUGAGGAUCCCUGAGAGGAUCAAACACCCCGACUCCGCUAUGCCCCAGAAUGAUGGCUUCAUCGCGAGCAUGAAGAAGGGCUGGAAGAACGCUCAGCUGGCUCAACAGCUGGAAGAGAGAGAAAGGAGGAUCAAAGAUCAUCUGGACCUCGCUGCUAAAGGUCCACUGAGGCAGACUUUUACCCACAAUCCUCUCCAGCCAACCCCUCCCAUGGCUGCUGCAUCAACCAAAGGCAAGCGAGCUCAUGGCAAAGAGAAGCCAUGGAAGGACACUGUUGUAUAAAGCUGACUGGCUCGUAGCUUGAUAAUAUUAUGACUUAUGUACAUAUUUAUGGAUGGAGGAGCGGACAGGCUGGGAAAGGGUUGUGAUAGUGUAUGUAUUAUUCUAAUUAAAAUGUAAAAUCUGCCUCAAAACAGCCAUUCUGAUCGGGACAUUGUUUUUAUAUUUGAGUGCAAAUCCAUGAGGAAUGAAAGAAACUGAAGUUGUU